UCAUAGAAUGGAUGAACUGACAGCAAAGCUUGCUGGGAGCUUCAAUGUUACUCUGGAGCCAAACAGCACCGCAGCCCAGCACCCCCGAUAUGCCCUGUAUAAAAGUAAAUCCCGGGUAGACCAAGAAACCAGGAGGAAAAGAAUCCUAGAGGAACAGAAGAAACAGCGAUUUGACUACCUGAAGCAUGUGCGGAACUUGUCAGAGGACGCCUGGGAAAUCACAGAUGCCGAGUCCGUGGCCUCGGAGGAUUCAAUGGACGUAUCGUUAGAGGGGGACAACGUCAAAUUACGACGGCCAGGCAAAUACUACAGAAACCAGCUGAUGUAUUCUGAGUGGCUCGUAGAGAAACCGGAGGACUUUGAACAAGAAUGGCUGACAGUAAUAUGUCCCUGGGGAAAGAGAAAUCUAGUGGUAGCAUCCAGAGGAAGAACUCAUGCCUAUGCCAAAAAUGGAAGUCGAAUGAAUUCUUUUUCUUCCCAUCUACCAGGAGGAAACUAUGCUCAGAAAGGCAAAGGAAAGGGAGAUAAUGUGAUUCUAGACUGCAUCUUUGAUGAGAACGAGGGAAUUUACUACGUGCUGGACAUCAUGUGUUGGAGGAACCACCCUGUGUAUGACAGUGAGACAGAGUUCCGAUUUUUCUGGCUGACCAGUAAAUUCCAGGAGGUGCCUGAACUGAUGGAAAAGUCCCCUAAUAAUCCAUACAAAUUCAUUCCUCUUCCAAACUUCCCUUGUACAAAAGAAUCCAUAUCGACAGCAGUCAACUCAGCCAAUUUUGAUAUAGACGGGCUGUUAUUUUUCCACAAGAGGACACAUUACACAUUCGGUUCAACGCCCCUUGUUGUCUGGUUAAAACCAUACAUGCUUCCUGAGAUACUCGAAAUCGAAGUCCCAGAAAAACUUUUGGCUGAGCGACCAGAUAAUUAUUCAAAUUAUGCCGCUCAUCUGGAGCAUGUGGCUGAGGAGAAGAAAAAGCGAGAGGAGGAAAGAAACAAAAAGGGGAAAACUCCCCCAAAGGGGAGGGGUGGAGGAGGAGGGGGCGACUGGAAGGAGAAAAAGAAGAAGGGAGGAAAAGGGAGGGGGAGAGGAGGGGCGCAGAAGAUGGAGGUGUACGAGGAGAGUCAGCCAGAGAGAGAUCCAUAUUCCAAGCGGAGCUACGGACAAGAUUUCAGAAUGGAUCUGAUGUUCUCUGAAUGGUUGACUGACAUCCCCUCAAAUUUCGAGACGGAAUGGUAUGCAAUUAUAUGCCCCACUGGAAAGCGCCAUCUGGUGUUGGCUUGUGAGGGAGAGACCAUCAGUCAAUUGAAGAACGGAAUCCUUGUCAAGUCUUUCCGAUCCCUUCUACCAGGAGGGUUUCCUUAUGAAAUGGCACAUAAAGAUAUGUGUGUAGUGGACACAAUCUACAACAAGCAGACAGACACAUACUACAUCAUGGACUGUAUGGUCUGGAAUAGCCAGCAUCUAACACAGUGUGAGGCUGAAUUCCGCAUGUAUUGGUUAGAGGAGCAGCUAGGACAAAUCAGAAACAUCGGAAGAGUUUCCCGUAACAAUCAGCAUCCAUUUAUUCUGUUGAGACGCAUCCCAUGCACGGCACAAGCAAUAACGGAAGAGCUCGUCAGAGUGGAAUACGAUAUAGAUGGAGUCCUUUUCUUUAAGAAGUCAUCAGCCUACGUCCCUGGGCAAACAGAUGAUGUGCUAUGGACCAAGCCUUACAUGCUGCCAGAAAUUUUCUCGGAUGUAAUCGUUCCAUCACACCUCUUGAAGAGGAAACCCCCAGAGUUUGACUAUCAGAAACACCUGGAGAAAGUCGCUAAACAGAAGAAAGAGCGCGGAGAGCAGAAGAGGCCCCGCAGAAAACAGAAGACGCUAAAUAUAGAUAAACUGGUGGACGACAUCAGCCGCAUCUACAUCUCACAGCAACAGGAAGCUGGGGUGGAAAUGUCACCAGAGGAAGUGGAAAUCUCCAAAAGAUUAAACCAGAAGGCUAAAAAGGUACCCCAGGGAAAAGGUCGUGGCAGAAAAAUGGGGGACUACAGUGCUUUACAAAAGAAAGAAAUCACUUUUUAUGGUGAUGAUUUUUCCUAUGAUGACUAUUGUAACUCUAGUUACUAUGGUGAUUACUGUUACUAUGGCAACCAGGUUUACCCAGGAUACGAUGGCUGUGGGGGAGACGCUUAUCAUUCCAUGUCCACCCCAAUGUGGGGAUACGAGGACCAUGUCAGACAGUGGAACUCUCCAUCCCCACCCAAGGGCAGGGGGAGGGGUUUGCUGGGGCUCAAACCCUUGACAGGCUAUUCCAACACGCAUGGCACAUUCAAGAAGUGAUUAUUUUUUUCUUCAUCAGUAUGUGUACUAUUUGAACCUGACUCAUUAUAACAGUACAACAUGUCUCUAAAGUGUUCACUUUUGUUUAUGGUUUAUGUUUGAUUAUUGAAAGGGUGCUAGAUUAUCACCUGCUUAUUAUGAUUUUAUGUUUUAAUAAACAAGUGAAGUUGA